GGAGGAAUGCCCGACAACGGGGCCGUUUACCAGCCAACGACGGUUGGCUAUUCCUACGACACGGGGGUAGGUGGAUUUCUUGGCAUCGCUUCCAUAUCGAGACACAAAUUUAACGUUAGAAAAUGGCUAGAAUGGGCCAUAGCGUCGGUUGGUCUGGCGUUGUGCGCCGCUGGUUUACUCAUGAGCGUCACCUACCUAGCUUCCGGUAGUCAAUCAAUCAAUGAUCCGGAAUCCGUCGUCGCUGCCGGAAAUUGUGCGAAUGGUACAACGACGACGACGACGACGUCGACGUCGACAACAACAAACGAAGAGGAAGAAGAAUCGCAUCCGACGUUGGUACGAAAGGGUCAAGAUGGCCGCGACCGUUCAGGCGUGGGAACGAUAGCGGUAGCCGCUUCGUUAACGAUAAUCGGCCUGUGUCUCGCCUUCAUUUGGUCGUGGCUAAGAUUUUUCAGAAAGACCGAAUCACUGAGGAACGAGCCGUCGGGUGGCGGGGGACAAAUGUUGGGCGGUUUGAAUCCGUCAACUGACUUGCUGGUGGGUUCCCCUUCGCAGUACGGGCCAGUACUCACCGAAGUACCGAGUCACCCUAAACCGAAACUUCAGGGUGUCAAUUUGCACCAAGAAUCGGCGGCCUCCGCACUUUCGGAUCAGGAAGAGGAGACGAGAACACUGAUGCAGGAACCGGCCAUUUUUAACACCGACCGCAACAACGUUAACGAAAAUCAACAUCCGGCUUGAACAUUUUUUUUUUUCUUCUCAACUCUGACGACAAAUAAAAUUAACCACGUACAUAUUAUAAAUACGAAUUUUUCUAAGCAUAUUGCGUCGCAAUUAUUUCAUUCGCGGUUAUCGAAGAGAAGAAAUGAAAAAUUCAACGAUCGAUUUUACCAAUGCCUGAUCGCAGAUGUUACGUGCAUUGCGUUUAUCUGGUUGAGAUGUGUGCUCAAAAAGUGAUAGAAAAAGAAAAAAAAAAAAACGAUCUCGAUCAAUCGACACGCUUUAUUUUCGAGGAUCGUUGAUUGAUUGAACUAAUUAGAAUAUUUGGCGACGAACGAUCGUGAUUAUUUGAAAAAGAAACGGGAAAGAGAAAAAGAAAUCACGUUAAAUAAAAUUUGUGGUAUAAACUGUUCGAAAAUUUUCUUUACAAUUUUUCAAAACAAAUUACAUAGCUACGUGUACGCGAUUCGAAACAAUUCGUUACCACUUAUUAUCGUUAGAACGUAAAUCGCUUUGAGCGUAUUCAUUAUCUAGUUGUACGAUACGAAGAAAAAAACAAAAAAAACAAA